GCGAGGAAGGAUGGGGAGCAAUGAAACGAAGAAUAGAGACGAAGUAGAAGAGCUUCUACGAGCAGCUCAGGACGAAUUGUUGUUAAAGCUCUCUCUCGACUCUCACAUAGCAUCAUCUGCAUCUUCAGUUUCAGCUUCAGCUUCAUCAAGCUUGACUCUCGAUGCGGAUCUGGAGCGCCGAUUCCAAGCCCUCAAAUCAAGCAAAUCCUCAGUGGGAAUUGCAAGUGAAGAUCGGGAAUCCAAACCUGCUCUUGGCGAUGAUCUCUUCGCCAGAUUCGAUGUUCUCAAGGUUAAUUCGAAUCCAUCAUUGAAGCAAACCCCUGCGUUUCCCUCUGCUGAAGAAGAAGAUGAAGAUGAAGAUGAUCAAGUUGAGAAAUUGAUUCAGUGGGCCAAGGAUGCCGCGCGUCUAGAUCCUUCUGCUUCGUCCGACGACGACGACGACGAACAGCAAAACCAGGAUCGGACGAAGCGGAAAUAAUUUUAUUCUCUUUUUCUUUAAUUCACCGUCUCGACUCUUCAUGUAGACUUCGGUAACUUUUUCUUUUCUUUUCCACCUUCGUAAUUUAAUACGAUUCAAUAUAGUUUUACAUUUGUAGUCACCAGGUAUGUGAGUGAAACUGAUAGUUUAAUAUGAGUAAACUCCCUCCUAA